GACAAAUAUGCUUUUUGUAUAAAUAAAAGUCUUCUGCGUAGAUAUCCCGAAGAAAGGAUAUCGAGAGGCUAUUAUUAGGGUUUGUGAUUCCAUCCAAAAGAAAGAGGCAGAAAAGAUGAUAGAGGUGGUGCUCAACGAUCGUCUGGGGAAGAAAGUGAGGGUCAAGUGCAACGAAGAUGACACGAUCGGUGAUUUGAAGAAGCUUGUGGCGGCGCAGACGGGGACGAGGGCGGAGAAGAUACGGAUUCAGAAGUGGUAUAACAUCUACAAGGAUCAUAUCACUCUCAAGGACUACGAGAUCCACGACGGCAUGGGUCUCGAGCUCUACUACAAUUAGUGAACCGAACCGGAGGUGCUAAGCAAAGGAGAGCAAGUAUGAGCUGAAGAAAUGUUGCACACCUCCACAAAUAAAAAAAAAACGUACGUCUGUAAAAUUGGCUGAUUGGUUUCUGAUUUUGUAUGCUUUGGUAAAACUAUAAUCAAAUGUGUUGUAAUAAGCUACUCUUUACAACUUUUGUCUACGGUACUUGUCUCUUGGUGUUUUGCUCAGAGCUGCAUGUUGCCCAUAUCUUCUGGAAAUGCUUCUAUAUUUUGUUCGUUUAGAUUAACAAUCAUAUGUUGAUAGUGUC